GGUUUCGUGUCUGGAAUAAACAAUCGUGUUGUGUGGUGACGUCAUAACCUUGUAACGAUGGAUUGUGGAUUAUUGUGUUGGUCAUCUCCCAGGAGCCGACGGAAGCCUGCAUAUCCAGGGUCGCCGAGGUUCCGCCGCCGCGUGGAGAGCCAGUGGUCGUCGCUGGUGUCUCGAUGGCGCAACAUCGGCUCGCCCGCACGCCACGUGGUCACGCCCACGCCCGACCACGAGGGUCUCGUGGGCGGCGGCGACCGCGUGCACAUGAUGCGGCACCGUGACCACGCCCACAACACCUCCAGCAGCAGCACCAGCAGCAGCAAUGGCCCGCUGCACGCCAUCAGGUCCCGCCUCGGCCGAGGGCGGUCACGGCAGACCCGCGCCAUGUCGCUCUGCGAUGCGGACGACGAGUGGGCGGCGCCCAACCGCCAGUGGGUGGACUCGAGGGCGGUGCUGGAGUGGGCGCGAAGGUGCGGCGAGCGCGACGACGAGCAGGACUCGGGCGUGACGGUGAGCGACAACGACGACGCCUUCUCGCCGCCCUCGUCGUCGUCGUCGGCGUCCAGCGCGGGCGGCUCCUCCUGCCACGACGAGGCCUUCAGCGAGACCUGCAGCGACACCUUCCCCGCCAGCGACAGGCACGACGACGCCGCGCCCGCGCCCCACCCUGGGGACGGCGUGCCCCCUCCCCCGCCCAGGGACCCCUCGCCCCCAGGGGAGUUCUCCCACAGCUGCUCGACGCCGCUCUCCUCGCCCUACGCCUCGCAGACGCAGCCCCACAGCCCCGCGCAGCCCGCCGGGAGCCGCGCCCAAGCCCGGCCUGCACCAGCCCAGGAUCGUGGCCGACCACGUCAUAAAGAUGGACACCCGCGACCUGCACCCGACGUCCCCGCCCGCGACCCGCCGCCCGUCGCUACCAGAAGCCGACGCCGCCGCAGAAGCCGCGCCGCCGCAGAAGCCGCAGCAGCCGCAGCCUCAGUCGCAGGCGCAGCGGGGGGGCGGCGUGGCAACCAGGGUGGGGGGGCGGGCGAGGAUCUCCUCGUGCGUGGACUCGUGCAUCUGGGAGGAGCCGCCCCCGCUAGACCUGCGACCUCCCGCCCACACUCCGCCCACACACCCAGCCACUCGCCCGCCCAUUCCCCCGCCCACCGCACAACCACCCUAGACCGCCACAAGCACCAGGGGCGCCGGUCCCCGCCCACGCCCACCUCCCUGACGCUCGGAAGGGCCGGCCUGAGGAGCAUCGCCGCGUCCCCGUCCGACGCCGAGGACAGACUCAAGCUCCAGCGACUCAAGUGCUCGCUGGACACCUCGACGGACAGCCCGCCCAAAGCGCCCCUCACGCCCACCAGCGACCACAACAAGUCUACCUCCAGCCACGAGGACGAGGACGCAGACAAAGUAAGUUAACAAGCCGUGGUCUUUGUCGCUCACGAGGAAUAGUAAGUGCAUGCUGUCAACUUGC